GUUCAUUAUAAAAGGACCCAAAAGUCUGAAUCUUAAAACAAGUUAGGCAACUAGCUAAAAACAUGGCAUCUAUAUCAUCUUCACUUCUGUCUUCGGUAUCCACUAAUGUCAUCAAUGUCUCUUCCAACUCCAACACUUUCCAUUCUUCUCUGCAUCCAUUAUUCUCUCAAAAGAAACUCAGCAAACCAAAACGGCAUCAUUACCACGUAUCUACAGUAGCAUGCAGCAGGGGCAACCAGGGCAACACAACACCAAACUCCAACAAAACAGAACAAACCCAUAACAACAUUGUAGGACACAGAAGAGAUGUUCUGAUUGGCCUAGGUGCUGCCACUCUUAGCAGCAGUAACAACCUUUUCGCCAUUGCUGCUCCAGUGUCCCCUCCAAAUCUCAAAACAUGCGGUCCACCAGACCUCCCUGAAGACCUCCCUGAUGGUGCAAAUUCAAACCUUAAUUGUUGUCCACCAUCUUCCACAAACAUCAUCGAUUUCAAGCUUCCUUCCUCUAACAGUAACACCCCCUUGCGGGUAAGACCAGCAGCAAAUCUAGCGAGUGAUGAGCAUCUAGCCAAAUACAAGAAAGCUAUUGAGAUCAUGAAAUCACUUCCUUCCAAUGACCCGAGAAGCUUCAUGCAACAAGCCAACAUCCACUGCGCUUACUGUGACGGCGCAUAUCACCAAGAUGGGUUCCCUGACCUCGACCUUCAAGUCCACAACUCUUGGCUCUUCUUCCCCUUCCACCGUUGGUACCUCUAUUUCCACGAGAGAAUCUUGGGGAGCUUGAUCGAUGACCCCACUUUCACCCUUCCAUUUUGGAAUUGGGAUGCUCCAGGAGGAAUGCAAUUACCUUCAAUUUACAAUGACAGAAAAUCACCUCUUUAUGAUUCUCUCCGGAAUUCCAAUCAUCUCCCUCCAACACUCAUAGAUUUAGACUAUAAUCUCACGGAAGAUCCUAAUGCAAGUGUUUCCACGAACCUCACUAUAAUGUACAGGCAACUUGUCUCUAAUGGAAAGACUCCAAGACUCUUCCUUGGAGAACCUUACCGUGCUGGAGAUGAAUCUGACCCUGGUGCUGGCUCACUGGAGAAUGUCCCACAUGGCCCAGUUCAUAUAUGGACAGGAGAUAAUACUCAGCCUAACCUUGAGAACAUGGGGAUUUUCUAUGCGGCUGCAAGAGACCCCAUUUUCUUCUGUCAUCAUUCAAACAUUGAUAGGUUGUGGUCUUUAUGGAAAACACUCGGUGGAAAAAGAAAGGAUUUCACUGACCCGGAUUGGUUACAAUCCGGAUUUCUCUUCUACGAUGAGAAUAAGAACCUUGUGCGUGUCAAGGUCGAGGAUUGCCUUGACACCACAAAGCUCGGGUACGUUUAUCAGGAUGUGGAUAUUCCGUGGCUAAAUUCCAAGCCCACACCGCGCAGGCCAAGGACUCAGAAAGUAGCACAGGGUUUAAAUUUUGGCAUUGGUGCAGCACAGGCUGCUGAGAGUACUUCAAAGAGUUAUGUAACAUUCCCUCUGGUUUUGGAUUCUGUUGUGAGUGCCGUGGUGAAGAGACCCAAGAAGUCAAGGACCAAAGAGGAGAAGGAGGAUUUGGAAGAGGUUUUGGUGAUUGAAGGGAUAGAGUUUGAUAGGAAGACGGCAGUGAAGUUUGAUGUUUUGAUCAAUGAUGAAGAUGACAAGGUGAUUAGGCCAGAGAAUACAGAGUUUGCGGGAAGCUUUGUGAGCGUGCCUCAUUCGCAUAAACAUAAGAACAUGAAGAUGAACACUUGUUUUAGACUUGGCUUGACAGAUUUAUUGGAGGAUUUGGGAGCUGAAGAUGAUGAAAGUGUUGUGGUGACAUUGGUUCCAAGGUUUGGGAAUGGGCUGGUCAAAAUCAGAGGCGUCAAGAUAGAACUUGAAGAUUAAAAAAAAAAUUCAACCACGUACAUGUGUGUGUGGUGGUAAUGGUUCCUUGAAUUAUAUCUAGUGAUGUGGGUGAUUUUUAUUUGUUCAUGUGGUGGUAACAAUAAAUUUCCUCUU